AAGCGCCCACCCGGGAGGCUGUGCAGCGGGCGGCUCAGGGCACCAUGCUCAACCCGCAGCGGAGCCGCCAGCGACCUUCGAAGAAUUCUGAUGUGAAACUAAGAGUCUAUGAGCCCUGGAACCUCCACUCAGAGAAGAUGAAGGAUAUUGACAUAGGAAAAGAGUAUAUCAUCCCCAGUCCUGGGUACAGAAGUGUGAGGGAGAGAACCAGCACUUCUGGGCCGCACAGAGACCGCGAAGAUUCUAAGUUCAGGAGAACUCGACCGCUGGAAUGCCAAGAUGCCUUGGAAACAGCCGCCCGAGCCGAGGGCCUCUCUCUGGAUGUCUCCAUGCAUUCUCAGCUCAGAAUCCUGGACGAGGAGCAUCCCAAGGGAAAGUACCACCAUGGCUUGAGUGCUCUGAAGCCCAUCCGGACUACUUCCAAACACCAGCACCCAGUGGACAAUGCUGGGCUUUUUUCCUGUAUGACUUUUUCGUGGCUUUCUUCUCUGGCCCGUGUGGCCCACAAGAAGGGGGAACUCUCAAUGGAAGACGUGUGGUCUCUGUCCAAGCACGAGUCUUCUGACGUGAACUGCAGAAGACUAGAGAGACUGUGGCAAGAAGAACUGAAUGAAGUUGGGCCAGACGCUGCUUCCCUGCGAAGGGUUGUGUGGAUCUUCUGCCGCACCAGGCUCAUCCUGUCCAUCGUGUGCCUGAUGAUCACGCAGCUGGCUGGCUUCAGUGGACCAGCCUUCAUGGUGAAACACCUCUUGGAGUAUACCCAGGCAACAGAGUCUAACCUGCAGUACAGCUUGUUGUUAGUCCUGGGCCUCCUUCUGACAGAAAUCGUGCGGUCUUGGUCGCUUGCACUGACUUGGGCAUUGAAUUACCGAACCGGUGUCCGCUUGCGGGGGGCCAUCCUAACCAUGGCAUUUAAGAAGAUCCUUAAGUUGAAGAACAUUAAAGAGAAAUCCCUGGGUGAGCUCAUCAACAUUUGCUCCAAUGAUGGGCAGAGGAUGUUUGAGGCAGCAGCCGUUGGCAGCCUGCUGGCUGGAGGACCCGUUGUUGCCAUCUUAGGCAUGAUUUAUAAUGUAAUUAUUCUGGGACCAACAGGCUUCCUGGGAUCAGCUGUUUUUAUCCUCUUUUACCCAGCAAUGAUGUUUGCAUCACGGCUCACAGCAUAUUUCAGGAGAAAAUGCGUGGCUGCCACGGAUGAACGUGUCCAGAAGAUGAAUGAAGUUCUUACCUACAUUAAAUUUAUUAAAAUGUAUGCCUGGGUCAAAGCAUUUUCUCAGAGUGUUCAAAAAAUCCGUGAGGAGGAGCGUCGGAUACUGGAAAAAGCCGGGUACUUCCAGAGCAUCACUGUGGGUGUGGCUCCCAUUGUGGUGGUGAUCGCCAGCGUAGUGACCUUCUCUGUUCAUAUGACCUUGGGCUUCGAUCUGACAGCAGCACAGGCUUUCACGGUGGUGACAGUCUUCAAUUCCAUGACUUUUGCUUUGAAAGUAACACCAUUUUCAGUAAAGUCCCUCUCAGAAGCCUCGGUGGCUGUUGACAGAUUUAAGAGUUUGUUUCUAAUGGAAGAGGUUCACAUGAUAAAGAACAAACCAGCCAGUCCUCACAUCAAGAUAGAGAUGAAAAAUGCCACCUUGGCAUGGGACUCCUCCCACUCCAGUAUCCAGAACUCGCCCAAGCUGACCCCCAAAAUGAAAAAAGACAAGAGGGCUUCCAGGGGCAAGAAAGAGAAGGUGAGGCAGCUGCAGCGCACUGAGCAUCAGGCGGUGCUGGCAGAGCAGAAAGGCCACCUCCUCCUGGACAGUGACGAGCGGCCCAGUCCUGAGGAGGAAGAAGGCAAGCACAUCCACCUGGGCCACCUGCGCUUACAGAGGACGCUGCACAGCAUCGACCUGGAGAUCCAAGAGGGGAAACUGGUUGGAAUCUGCGGCAGUGUAGGAAGUGGAAAAACCUCUCUCAUUUCAGCCAUUUUAGGCCAGAUGACACUUCUAGAGGGCAGCAUUGCCAUCAGUGGAACCUUCGCUUAUGUGGCCCAGCAGGCCUGGAUCCUCAACGCUACUCUGAGAGACAACAUCCUGUUUGGGAAGGAAUAUGAUGAAGAAAGGUACAAUUCUGUGCUGAACAGCUGCUGCCUGAGGCCUGACCUGGCCAUUCUUCCCAGCAGCGACCUGACGGAGAUUGGAGAGCGAGGAGCCAACCUGAGCGGUGGGCAGCGCCAGAGGAUCAGCCUUGCCCGGGCCUUGUAUAGUGACAGGAGCAUCUACAUCCUGGACGACCCCCUCAGUGCCUUAGAUGCCCAUGUGGGCAACCACAUCUUCAAUAGUGCUAUCCGGAAACAUCUCAAGUCCAAGACGGUUCUGUUUGUUACCCACCAGUUACAGUACCUGGUUGAUUGUGACGAAGUGAUCUUCAUGAAAGAGGGUUGUAUUACGGAAAGAGGCACCCAUGAGGAACUGAUGAAUUUAAAUGGUGACUAUGCUACCAUUUUUAAUAACCUGUUGCUGGGAGAUACACCACCAGUUGAGAUCAACUCAAAAAAGGAAACCAGUGGUUCACAGAAGAAGUCACAAGACAAGGGUCCUAAAACAGGAUCAGUAAAGAAGGAGAAAGCAGUAAAGCCAGAGGAAGGACAGCUCGUGCAGCUAGAAGAGAAAGGGCAGGGUUCAGUGCCCUGGUCAGUAUAUGGUGUCUACAUCCAGGCUGCUGGAGGCCCCUUGGCAUUCCUGGUUAUUAUGGCCCUUUUCAUGCUGAAUGUAGGCAGCACUGCCUUCAGCACCUGGUGGCUGAGUUACUGGAUCAAGCAAGGAAGUGGGAACACCACUGUGACUCGAGGGAAUGAGACCUCGGUGAGUGACAGCAUGAAGGACAAUCCUCGUAUGCAGUACUAUGCCAGCAUCUACGCCCUCUCCAUGGCAGUCAUGCUGAUCCUGAAAGCCAUUCGAGGAGUUGUCUUUGUCAAGGGCACACUGCGAGCUUCCUCCCGGCUGCAUGAUGAGCUUUUCCGAAGGAUCCUUCGAAGCCCUAUGAAGUUUUUUGACACAACCCCCACAGGGAGGAUUCUCAACAGGUUUUCCAAAGACAUGGAUGAAGUUGAUGUGCGGCUGCCGUUCCAGGCUGAGAUGUUCAUCCAGAACGUUAUCCUGGUGUUCUUCUGCGUGGGAAUGAUCGCAGGAGUCUUCCCGUGGUUCCUUGUGGCAGUGGGGCCCCUCGUCAUCCUCUUUUCAGUCCUGCACAUUGUCUCCAGGGUCCUGAUUCGGGAGCUAAAGCGUCUGGACAAUAUCACGCAGUCACCUUUCCUCUCCCACAUCACGUCCAGCAUACAGGGCCUUGCCACCAUCCACGCCUACAAUAAAGGGCAGGAAUUUCUGCACAGGUACCAGGAGCUGCUGGAUGACAACCAGGCUCCUUUUUUCUUGUUUACGUGUGCGAUGCGGUGGCUGGCUGUGCGGCUGGACCUCAUCAGCAUCGCCCUCAUCACCACCACGGGGCUGAUGAUCGUUCUCAUGCAUGGGCAGAUUCCCCCAGCCUAUGCGGGUCUCGCCAUCUCUUAUGCUGUCCAGUUAACGGGGCUGUUCCAGUUUACGGUCAGACUGGCAUCCGAGACAGAAGCUCGAUUCACCUCGGUGGAGAGGAUCAAUCACUACAUUAAGACUCUCUCCUUGGAAGCACCUGCCAGAAUUAAGAACAAGGCUCCCUCCCCUGACUGGCCCCUCCUCUCUCGCAUGUCUUCUGACUCAUCAGGGAAGUCCUCGCUGGGGAUGGCCCUCUUCCGUCUGGUGGAGUUAUCUGGAGGCUGCAUCAAGAUUGAUGGAGUGAGAAUCAGUGAUAUUGGCCUUGCCGACCUCCGAAGCAAACUCUCCAUCAUUCCUCAAGAGCCGGUGCUGUUUAGUGGCACUGUCAGAUCAAAUUUGGACCCCUUCAACCAGUACACUGAAGACCAGAUUUGGGAUGCCCUGGAGAGGACACACAUGAAAGAAUGUAUUGCUCAGCUACCUCUGAAACUUGAAUCUGAAGUGAUGGAGAACGGGGAUAACUUCUCAGUGGGGGAACGGCAGCUUUUGUGCAUAGCAAGAGCCCUGCUCCGCCACUGUAAGAUUCUGAUUUUAGAUGAAGCUACAGCUGCCAUGGACACAGAGACAGACUUAUUGAUUCAAGAGACCAUCAGAGAAGCAUUUGCAGACUGUACCAUGCUGACCAUUGCCCAUCGCCUGCACACGGUUCUAGGCUCCGAUAGGAUUAUGGUGCUGGCCCAGGGACAGGUGGUGGAGUUUGACACCCCAUCGGUCCUUCUGUCCAACGACAGUUCCCGAUUCUAUGCCAUGUUUGCUGCUGCAGAGAACAAGGUCGCUGUCAAGGGCUGACUCCUCCCUGUUGACGAAGUCUCUUUUCUUUAGAGCAUUGCCAUUCCCUGCCUGGGGCGGGCCCCUCAUCGCGUCCUCCUACGGAAACCUUGCCUUUCUCGAUUUUAUCUUUCGCACAGCAGUUCCAGAUUGGCUUGUGUGUUUCACUUUUAGGGAGAGUCAUAUUUUGAUUAUUGUAUUUAUUCCAUAUUCAUGUAAACAAAAUUUAGUUUUUGUUCUUAAUUGCACUCUAAAAGGUUCAGGGAACCGUUAUUAUAAUUGUAUCAGAGGCCUAUAAUGAAGCUUUAUACGUGUAGCUAUAUCUAUAUAUAAUUCUGUACAUAGCCUAUAUUUACAGUGAAAAUGUAAGCUGUUUAUUUUAUAUUAAAAUAAGCACUGUGCUAAUAACAGUGCAUAUUCCUUUCUAUCAUUUUUGUACAGUUUGCUGUACUAGAGAUCUGGUUUUGCUAUUAGACUGUAGGAAGGGUAGCAUUUCAUUCUUCUCUAGCUGGUGGUUUCACGGUGCCAGGUUUUCUGGGUGUCCAAAGGAAGACGUGUGGCAACAGUGGACCCUCCAACAGCCCCCUCUGCCACCUCCCCAUGGUCACUCCAGGGGUGGGUGGAGCGGGGUGGGCAGCUGGAGACCAUGCAGAGCGCCGUGAGUUCUCAGGGCUCCUGCCUUCUGUCCUGGUGUCACUUACUGUUUCUGUCAGGAGAGCAGCGGGGCGAAGCCCGGGCCCCUUUUCACUCCCUCCAUUGGGAAUGGGAAUCACAGAGACAUUCCUCCGAGCCAGGGAGUUUCUUUCCUGCCUUCUUCUUUUUGCUGUUGUUUCUAAACAAGAAUCAGUCUAUCCACAGAGAGUCCCACUGCCUCAGGUUCCUACAGCUGGCCACUGCACAGAGCUCUCCAGCUCCAAGACCUGUUGGUUCCAAGCCCCGGAGCCAACUGCUGCUUUUUGAGGUGGCGCUUUUUCAUUUGCCUCUUCCCACACCUCCACAGUUCAGUGGCAGGGCUCAGGAUUCCGUGGGUCUGUUUUCCUUUCUCACCGCAGUUGUCGCACAGUCUCUCUCUCUCUCCCCCCAAAGUCUGCAACUUGAAGCAGCUCUUGCUAAUCAGUGUCUCACACUGGCGUAGAAGUUUUUGUACUGUAAAGAGACCUACCUCAGGUUGCUGGUUGCUGUGUGGUUUGGUGUGUUCCCGCAAACCCCCUUUGUGCUGUGGGGCUGGUAGCUCAGGUGGGCGUGGUCACUGCUGUCAUCAGUUGAGUGGUCAGCGUUGCAUGUCGUGACCAACUAGACAUUCUGUCGCCUUAGCAUGUUUGCUGAACACCUUGUGGAAGCAAAAAUCUGAAAAUGUGAAUAAAAUUAUUUUGGAUUUUGUAAAA